AUGAAAGGAUUCGCUUCCGUAUUGCUAUUUGCAGGGACACUGUCGUUGUCAAUAUGUCUUCCUCUUAAAAGAACGGAUACCGAACUGCUGAAAAGAGGUAAAUAGCUCUUUCAGAUACGCUCUGCAAUUGUAACGCUGGUAGCAUCGUUCGGUUUUUUCCACCUGUGACUGAAAUAAGCUAUUUUCACCUUAUCUUGCGUACAGUACUCUAUAGGAAAAUCAAAUUUUAAAGGGAAAGAUUUCGGCAUGUGUAUUUUGACCCAUUCAUGAAGCAAGAUGCAGGUAGCUCAAAUUUUAAAAAUCUGCUAAUGAAAAUUAUUGCAUAUGUUCAUUCGAAAAGCAAUUUCUUAUUUCGAAGACAGCUAUGAUUUUAAGCGAAAUACACAAAUGUUUAUUAAUACUCUCUGAUUAAAGCUUGUUGGUUCAUUUUACUUAUAUCGCAGAAUUAAAAGCUACAUCUGAUUAUUCUUUAAGGAAUCAUUUGCAAGUCCCGUCAUAGAUAUUUUGGGCGCGUCCCGUAUCAACCGCUUAUGUAAAUUUAUUGUGAAUAACACAAAUAAUAAUCAUAACGUUGCAAAAAGCAAGCUUUCGUUGAUAAAGUCAUCUCAAGGAUCUGUUAAGGAAGCUGCGUGAAAAACCUUUUUUCUUUGAUGACCUCUUUUGUUAUCAGUUAUCACCGGAUGUUGCUUUUAACUAACAUUUUACCAAGGCAAGGAUUUUAGCGCAACUAAAGGGUCUCCUUGCUCGGUCAUUACUCGUUCACUAGAUUAUGUUGAUCAUUUAAGUUUAUAUUUGUAUUUUAUAUAUAUGCUUCGUAUGCAUUUUACAGAAUUUUCCUCAUCCUUAGUCUUCACACUUUUUCUCACAUUCAAAUUUACUCUGAUUUUUAUCUAGAUCUGUAAAGUAUUUUUCUCAACUCUGAUGAAGCCGUCGAUCGGCGAAAGCUAGGAUCUUAUAAAACUUGAAGUUUAAAUCAAACUAUACCGACACGAGAGAUUACCCAAAAGGGGUUCUUUCAUUCUCAUAUCUUCCUUUACACUUGAAGAACAUACACUGAUAAAACAAAUGCGCAAUCCACGUGCACUUAUGUUAAAUUUGCGAAAUUAUAAAUACUUUGACAUAAUGCUCUAUUUUCCAGUUAAAAGGCAAGCCGUGGAUGGUGCGAAUGAUGACAAGAAUGAGACAGUUGCCGAUCGACCUCCCGGACUGGGUGGUACAAAUAUCCGAUUUCCAAGUAAGUCAAGUUGUGCAGUUCAUAAUUUCAGUCUUUGAGGUUGCGCAGGAAUACAUGCAAUUCGUCCCAGUCGGGUUUGUCACUGGCAAUGAUCAUUUGAGGCGUUGCAUACUAGUAACUCUUGUUAGCCACAUGAUUUCAACUUGGAAGUUGUGAAACAUGAAAGAAACGGAAAGAUUUCCACAUAGCCCCAUACUAUUGUAAAACAAAGUCAUACUCCCAGAGGAAAUUUGUUGUUUUUGCUGCCGCUUUCUUUAUCCAAGAACUUUGUGCAUUAUGAAGCAUGGGGCUGUGAGGAAAUCUUGCCUGAGAAACCUCCACGACAAGCAACACCUACAAAAAAAAUACUAAUUUCAAUUUUUUAUUGGAAUUGCUGUGCUCUUUGUCCGAUAAAGAUUACGUUAAAUAAUCUCCUUAUCAUCCGGCAAGUUGUCAUGUUUAUGAUUAAGGAAUGUAAUUUUUGUUCAGUUUGCAUAUACCAACUGGGCAUGUCCAAUCGAUUCCGCAUUUGGGAUUAUCAAAUCACAGCAUCUUCUGCAUACCCAAGCAGGCACCUGCAGCCCCACAUGGGGAGGUUGAAUAACCCGUGGGGAUCAUGGUGCAUCAACAGAAGACAUCCAGGACCUCACUACAUGCAGAUUUAUCUCGGUAAUUGAUGGAAUACAGAGCAGUCACUCAUUAUUCAAAAAUCGUAAAGUAACCAGAUUUGUUAAUCUAAAAUACAGUGAUAUCAAUUUAGGUGGGAUCAUCAUAUCUAAGGCUAUUAAGCAUUUCUCAACGUAUUAAUUUAAGAAAAAGGCAGACGAGUCGGCGAAAAGCAUCAACUGUGUGUAAAACACUAAAACUUACGCGAGGAAAAUAUUUCAGCUGUAUAAUAUCAUUUAAAAUCCAUUUUAGGCGGAAUUGUGUUGGUCAGCGGUGUCAUAACUCAAGGAGCGCGCCACACACCCGACUGGGUAACCGAAUAUCGUGUGAGCUACAGUCUUGAUGGUCAGCGGUGGGAUUACUAUAAAGAAAAUGGCACAGCAAAGGUAAUCUUAUUUUACACUGAAUAUUUAUGGUAUAUUCCUAUGCUAUCUAUGCUUUCAACUAUAAUUUAUCGACUAAAUAUCACAUAUGGUCUGCGGAGUUUUUUGCAAAAUAAAAGUGCUGUGGAAGGGUCGGGCUUUGGUUGCUCUUUCAAUACGAUCAGUACUUUUUUCACGAACACCUUUUGUUCCUUGAAUACGUCUCUUCGUUUCAAUUAUUGAACUGUAAUCAGCUUAUUAAGAUCCAGAUUUUUGCAAAGUUUUACAAAAAUCUUUUAUUCAGUUCAGAUGAUCUUAAAUUUGCAUUGACUUUUGAGUGAAAGGUUUUGCUUUAUAUUUGUGGCAGGUUUUCCGCGGAUUCUAUUUUGCAUUUACCAAUCAUUUCAAGUACAGGGUGGCUGCUAGAUUCAUUCGAAUUAAUCCCCAAUCCUGGAACGGAUUAAUACUGUGCAUGCGCGCCGAGCUGAUAGGCUGUUCAUUCGGCCAAGGUAAGACAAAUUUAAAAGAAACCCCCAAAACAUUUCAAUACGGGAUAAUGAAUUAUUUAUCCACAAAAUCUUAGACUCAAAACCACAAGAUAACGGCGACAUUUGGGAAAAGGUUUGCGUCCGUUGUCUACCGUCGCGUUGAGGCGUGUUAUCAGUGUCACUAGUUUAGCGCACCGGUUUUUCGUUGUGAAUUCCUUGGUGACCCAAAUCAAAACUUGCAUAAUCCAUGAACUUGUCGUAUAUAUUAAACCCUUUUUGCAAACUUUCUUCUUUUGAGAAGUAAUUUGAUUAACAGACUUUAAUAUUUCACAAUUUUCAGUUAAUUUGGCAUACAAUCGUACAGCUGAACAAUCGAGCACUGAGGAAGGAGACGUAGCCUCAAAAGCGAUCGACGGAAGGCUAGGCAAUGGUAAGAGUAGCAAUAAUUUAACCCUCAGGGUAAAAAAAAUACGUUGUAAAACUUAAGCAGUAUAAGGUCUAUCAAAAUAUAAGAAUCCAACGUUGACAAAAUGUAACCACUCAAGCAAGUUUUUUACUCAAUAAGGAGCCACUUUAAAAGUCUAGCUUUUAAAUAUCGAUAGACUAGUCAACUUCGAUUGUCGCUCGAAACUUCCUAGAAAGCUGGGCCGAUUGAGAAUAAACUUUGCGGUGGUCAUGCGAUUUUUAGCGGUUUGAGUUUUGUCUAGCUGCCUACAGGAAUCGACCGACCAACCGAAAUUUCUCCCUACUAACUGCUCGAACUCGUUUAUUUCUCACAAAAUCAAUUAUCACUGAGCAGUUCUGGCAUCUCUACGUGAAUGCUUAUAGUAUGCCAAUAGAGUGGCGAGCCGAAGCGGUUUAGGAGUCCAUGGUCUUGUAUUGAGUUUUUAGGUUACCGAGGGUCUCAGAAACCGAGGUAAAAGUGACGAUAGUCUAUUUCCAUCACAUUUAUCCGAUAAAUGAUCUGUUCCCAAGGUUCUGAAGCAUUGCGAUAUUGAUUUAUUGGAGAUAGUUAAAGAAGCGACCUUUAAGGAGAGCUUAUUAAUCGUCCUAGCUACUGUUGAGGACAACCAUGUGAGUGAAAGUUUACUACGGACGGUCAUACUCUAUCUUAACACUCCUUUUCACAAAUGUACCAUCUAUACGUCUGUCAUAAUUCCGGUUAAACACAACAAAUUUUGAAUGCUAACUUCAAUGAAGAAAGUUUUAUCAUUGUUUUACUUCCUAUUUUAGGUUCCUGCUCUUUGACCCAGACCGAGGAUAGCCCCUGGUGGCGACUGGACCUGGGGUAUAACACUACGAUAAAAGAGUUAUACAUUGCUGGACCCCAAAAUGGCACUGAGCUAAAAGAUUUUGAAAUAAGCAUAGGAGAUAGCUUGGAAGACAAUGGAAACAUAAAUAGAAAGUGCGGCGAUAAACACAGUGUACGACCUGGUGAAAUCAAAACCAUAAGCUGUGAUUUAACCGGACAAUAUAUCAACAUUCAGGUCCCUGAGAGCGGAAAAGCGUUGUCCAUUUGUGAAGUAAUUCCUUAUGGAAUGGGUACGUUGUAUUAGAAAAGAGGCUUGACCAAAAAUAUACAGUAGACCUAACUGCACAAUAGGAACGUUCUUAUCCCCCACCCCUCCCUUGAUUGAGCUUAUAAAUCUGAAUGGCUUUUAGAAGGGUGGUUCACUAGAGAGAAAUUGGGGGAGGGGAAGUAUACAAAUCAAAAAACAUUUGGGCAAAAACUGUUUAAGUUUUGCCUAGUAUGCAUUUCUUCGAAUGACACACCUACGAAGCACAAAGCGGAAACUGAUUGAAUUUGAGGGCUAUCUCUAAAGGGAAAGUGGAGGGAAGGGGGCGUUGGGGAAUAGCGCGUUCACAGUUAGUGGGAUCUUAAAAAAAGAGGUUCGUAUAAUCUACUGAGUAUAUAGACAUGAUAGGAAAUCAACUUGAAUACUUGCUGACUGAACCUUUUUUUUUGCAGACCCAUCCAUGGCGGACUUCAAUCCAUAUGUCGUCCUGAACUAUGUAAAUUAUGUUCGUAGGCUAGAGCAAUUAAAACAACUUCGAGAGCGACAGGAACGACUGAGAAACGCCACGUUGGAAGCUCAAAAGCAAGGCAAACAGCUUGUUAGUCAGGGUCAACAGGUAAACUGACUUCAGAUAAACCAUAACAUGGCUUAUUCCGCCGCAGACGCGGAUAUCAGAGGAUAUUCAACUGCUCAGUGCCCAUCCCGUAGUAUUGUUACUCCCUUAGGAGAGGUACCAGUCCAUCGCGCUGUUACUGCCCAGCGUAUCGUCAAAGCUCUCUCACAGUAAGCCAGUAUCCAUCAAUAAUACUGGGCGGAGAGGCGCCAUGAAGGCCAAGUAUCUAACCCAAGAAAAAACUGCAAUGUUAUCACAGACCUGUAAAUAAAGAAUCCACCGAGUGCGCUCAUCACCAAGCUAUCUCUUCUCAUUCCCUCGUGCAAAUAAUAUUCUUUUUUAUGUCGGCCAAAAUGUUUGAGGGGGUAAUUUCCGUCUUUGUUACUCUGUUUGAACAGUUAAACAAAACAUAUUAAUAAAGUUGAAUUGGUGUUAGUUCGAAGUAUCUAUGCUUUGUCUGUUUAAAACUGCAAUACUCUUAAAUAGUAGCGUUAUUUCUGCUGAUGUCUGUUGGUUACCUCUAUGAAUCCAAAUCCUGCAAAAAUGUAACUGAAAUUGAGUUUGAAGAAAAGUUCCUCGAGCUUCCCAAUGCUAUUUGCAGUGAUGAUAAGGAAAAGAUUGAGAAGCCCCAGCGCUACUAUGAAAUUCUUUAAUUCUGAGCGAAAACUUUGGUCUCGACAUUUCACCAGUAUUUAAAGGUAAAUGUCUUUAAUGUCAACAAAAUGAAAAAUGCUAAAUUUUUGUCAAUGUGGAACGCGUUUCUCCACUUUUCAUAAGAUGUUAAAGAGAUUCAAUUACGAGAAAAUCGUCCGCAUUAGCGUGAACUCGUCCUUUGCGCGACUCAACUGUCUCCUCCCACCAUUCUUACAUCUACCGGUGAAAAAAAAAUUUAAGGCAGACAAAAUUGUUGUUUAGCUCCAACCCCCUCUUAUGGAAGACAAAUACAACGUAUUUGCAUUAGAUUUGAAUUGAUCAGCUAAUGAACUUCUGCUCGAUUUCGCCUAGAUAAAAAAAGGCGUUAUAAAGUAUGAAUAUUUUUUAUGUGUUUUUCCAAAGGCUAUCGGCGGAGCCCAACAACAAGGUCAACAAGCCAUCCGUCAAGGUCAACAACUGGCUGGUCAAGGACAAGCUGCCGUGGGUGGAGCCGUCGGCCAAGGUCAAGCAGCUCUUGGCGGCAUUCAGAGUGAGUUCUCAAUACCUAUCAUAUUAUUAAGUAUGUAGGGAAUUUCUCUCCAGUUUCAACGCCUUUCUUUCAGAUCAAGGCCAACAGGCUUGGGGUCAGGCACAAGGGAUGAUGGGUGGUGCUCAGGGUCAAGGACAACAGCUUCUGAAUCGAUUCCAAGGCCAAGGAGGCGGCAUGGCAGGUCAGUUCCAAAAUCAGUUUGGCCAACUUCAAGGUCAAGGAGGCGGCAUGGCAAGUCAGUUUCAAAAUCAGUUUGGCCAACUUCAAGGUCAAGGAGCCGGCAUGGCAAGUCAGUUCCAAAAUCAGUUCGGCCAACUUCAAGGUCAAGGUGCGGGAAUGCUGAAUCAGUUGCAAGGUCAGGGUUUGGGUGUGGCUAACCAGUUUCAAGGCCAAGGACAACAAUUAGCCAGUCAACUUCAAGGCCAAGGUAUGGGAAUGGUGAAUCAAUUUCAAGGACAAGGAAUGCAACUGGCCAAUCAACUUCAAGGGCAGGGUAUGGGAAUGGUGAAUCAAUUUCAAGGCCAAGGACAGCAAUUAGCCAGUCAACUACAAAGUCAGGGUUUGGGGGUGGCAAAUCAACUCCAAGGACAAGGCAUGCAACUUGCCAAUCAACUUCAAGGCCAGGGGAUGGGAAUGGUAAAUCAGCUUCAAGGACAAGGAAUGCAAGUGGCCAAUCAACUGCAAGGCCAGGGAGCAGCGAUGCUUGGUCAAGCACAAAGUCAGCUUGGUCAGCUGCAAGGUCAGGGAAUGGGAAUGGUAAACCAGCUUCAAGGACAGGGGUCGCAAUUAGCCAGUCAACUACAAGGACAGGGAAUGGGGUUAGCUAAUCAAAUUCAAGGACAAGGCAUGGGGGUUGUGAAUCAGCUGCAGGGCCAAGGUAAAGAAGAAACAAUUGUGCAUCGAAUAAAUUUUUGAACAGCAAUUUUUCCUCUUUACUGUAAAUUGUUGAAAAUAAUGAUGGUUUUUAUCUUUUUCACGAAGGGAUGGGUGCCGUCAACCAACUCCAAAGCCAAGGACUAGGAAUGGCAAAAGGACUGACCAGCUCUAAAGAUGAUUUGAUUGAUAGGGUAAGAGUGUCAAGAUGGUAAAUAGCAAUAAAUGAAAGAAGACGAAAAUGCAACAAAACUGCAGUAAUAAGCAGCAACGACAAUGAGUGAAACAUGUAUCCCUAAUUUUAUACGAAUACAAAGGUUUUUAAGUUAAGGUGUUAUUUCCAUUAUACAGGUAACUUGUUUGUUAUCUUAUGUUAUCAUUGUAUGGAACUGAAAAUAUUACACAGCCUUAUUUGACAAUAUAGUGACCUGGAUUUUUUUUUUCGUUUUUCAGGCAAAAGACUUCUAUAAAAAGGUAAGUUUUUAAUAUUAGAAUGUUUCAUCCUUUGAAUUUUUCCCAGCCUACAGGAGUUAAUCUGUUUAGUACAUUUUUUUGUAAUAACUUGUGUUUUUGCAGUUAAAACCAUGGCAAAAAAGAGCAGAAGACUUCUAUAACGAUAAAAUCAAGGGACGUUACUACCAACUGGGAAUGAGUAAGUCGAUGAGAUGUCUACCGUACAUGUGUGUGUUUUUAAAGCGCAAUUGUGACCCUCUGUAAUUUUUUUGGCAAUAUUCCCUGUCUUCAGGCCCCGUCUUGUCUUUACCCUUGCACAAACACAAUUGUUUUCUUCCUUUUUUAUGAUUUGAUCCUUUAAAACAGAAACAAAAGAGCACUGACUGGAAAUUUGGUAAAAUUUUACAGGGAUAUCUUAGAAUUUGUUUUUGUUAUAUUAGAUUGGUUUAAUCGCGGUAAAGACUACGGCAUGAAAGCUCUUAAUGUAUUUAAAGAAAGUGUGUUGUCUGAGUUCACUGGGCUGGCGAGUGAUCUUGGCGGAGAACUGUCAGCAAUUGGAAACUAUGACACUGGAGACGUGAAGGGACUUCUGGACAAUGUUGAUAAGGAUAAGAUAAAGAAACUGGUGGAGAGAGUUAAACCUCUCAUUCCCGAGUAUUACGAAAAAGCCAAAAAAGUAGCCAUGGAUGUUUUCAACGAAGGAAAAACUCAGUUCGAAAAGAUAAAAGAAGAGGUUGAAAAGGAGGUAUGAGGCGUUUGUCGAUGUUAGUUUCUUCUGAAAUCUUUUCACCCUUAAUAUGCUGUCGUCUCACCGGGCACAGUUGAAGUUAUAUUUAAAAACAAUGUGAAUUAUUAUUAUCAACAUUACUCUUCUUUCAAAGGACACAAAAUUCAACUGGGGAUGGGAGGGGAUGAGAAAUUUCCUUCGACAUGACAGUAUCAUAGCACACACGGCACAGAAAGACCACUAAAAGUGUUACUAAAAGUAAAAAGGGAGAUAGGUGCCCCUAUCACCUUGGACCCACUUAGCGAGUAAUAAAAUAAAUUAAUGAAUAGAGAAACACAUUUCUAUCGUGCUAAAGGCGGGAUAUCACUCAUAGGCCGAUAAGGCUGUGAAAAUGGGUGAAGGUCUGUCUGCAGAGGCGACUGGUUUAGCGGAGGAAGCUAAACAGCAGGGCAUGAGUGCUGUUGGAGAUGCGCAGAGAGCAGGGGAGUCAGCCCUGGAGCAAGCCAGAAAGACAGGGGAAGGGCUUGCGCAGCAAGGACAACAAACUCUCAGUAAGUGGUUUUGUCAUGAGUUUUCAGUAGUCUCAAGGUUGACGUUAUCAUCUUGAGUUUGAAAUGGUUAAUGGUUCUUUUGGUAUAAAUAUUACACUUGUAAAAUUUAUUUGAUACAGUGUGAAUUAGUAAAUGCACCGAGUACUUUAAGACCUGUAAGUGAGUGUGCAUGUGCUUUGAGUAAAAAUCACUCGCCUCAUCAUUGUCACUUUUCGCGGAAUCAACGAGUCCUGUCUCAUCAUACGCAAGCAAAAACAUAAGAAAGUUGCCUAUUUUGACUGAUUUUCAAACGAGAAAUCUCUUAUCCGACAGACCAAGUUCAACAACAAGGAAUGGGAAUAAUGAACCAGGCCCGUCAAACCGGUAUGGGUGCUUUUAACCAAGUGAGGCAACAAGGAAUGGGAGCUUUAGGGCAAGUACAGAGUUUUGGGCAGCAGGGAUUACAGCAGGUUUGGUCAUAUUUGUUUACCUUAGGUUAUUAUGAUCAGCGCGAAAAUUAAUGGUUUUACGAAAUUGUAAUGCGUGGUUCACCUGAGCCUAAACUGUAUGAAGCGAAGUUUUAAACGGUGAAUUUUUAGCGGAAAUGUGGAAAGAAUCGAUAAAACACAUAACUAUCAAGAGCAAGCCUUACUAAUGAAAGCCGGAACUAAACGUACACACCUACGGAAUCGGACAAAGAAGGUGUUUCAAAAAACAUUCUGGUGUACACAUGUUUGUUUUCUAUUCCUCAGGCACAGGGUCUCCAAGGCCAGCUAAUGCAAACUGGUCAAGGACUCUAUGGACAAGCUCAAAGUAUGGGCCAAGGUCUACAGGGCCAACUCAUGCAGACUGGUCAGGGCCUCUAUGGGCAAGCUCAGGGAAUGGCAGGUGGCCUACAGAAUCAAAUGAUGCAGACUGGGCAGGGAUUGUAUGGCCAAGCACAGGGCAUGGGCCAAGCUGCGCUACAACAAGGAAUGAACGUUGGGAAUCAGCUGCGGCAGCAAGGACAAGGAGCUUUUCAGCAAGGACUGGGAAUGGCUCAAGGUCUCCAAGGUAUCGAACUGACUAAAACGUUAUCUUUAUAUAAGACACGGCUGUAGUAAUUUGAAGAAGAAUUAAAGUAUCGACAUCUAGAUGUAUAUAGGAACACAGUAGCAUUAAGUCAUUAAUUGAAAAGCGCAUGGAGUACACAAAGGAUUGAAGAAAUCAUAAUUACGCAAAAACGCCUCUAGCUGUCUCUGUAUCCUGAAAAUACCAUGUUAAAUUCGAAACUAAUAUGUUCGAAAUGUCAUUCAUAACUGAACUGUACUCACAAGUUUGCUGCUUAACCCGUUAACUCCCAUGAUCGACCAGGACAGAAUUUCUCCUUACAAUAUGGAUACAAAAUCAACCAGAUAAACUAAGAUUAUAAGAGUUAUAUGGUUGAAAGUAAAGAGAAAGAAAAAAUUGAUUUAGGAGUUAAAGGGUUAACGCACUCAGCAAUUCAAUCGGCACGAGAGGUUGAGCCCUCUACAAACAAGGAUGCUGAGAUCUGUACUUACUCUCGCAAUCCUUUCAAAAUGUUUGUGAUGCUUUUUAUUUCGAUCACAGGGCAAGCAAUGAAUAUGGGUCAAGGAUUCCAACAACAAGGAAUGCAGCUCAUGAAUCAAGGACAACAGCUAUCGCAACAAAUGGCUGGUAAGUAGAUCUUCCUUUUGAAAAUCUUGGUACAAUGAAUCACAUCUAAUAACUAUUUAUUAGUCAGUCUUUUUAUCGAAAGGAUGUCAAAACUUUACUUGUUAGUUAUUUUUGCAUUUGGAUAACACAUAUAUUUUUGAAAUACAACUUGCAGUUCGGAAAAAUAAUCUUUGAUCACGAGUAAAUUUGGAAUUCAAGUGGGGUGUAGGUGAAAAGGUAAAAUGUCGGCCAUGGGUCAAAAGUGUCACUUUAGUUAUAGAUUUGAAGAUCCGACCAUCGGACCCUUGAAAAAAGCUCUUUAACAUCAUGCGUUUCAGAAGCAUUUUGAAGCACUGUUCCGGACUUACUGAGAUUUUGUCAGUUAUAUAAUUUAUUCAUUGAAGGAAUCUGCAGCAUUUUCUACGAUCCUCCUAAAAACAAGUAAAGAAUAAUUUAUGAAGGAAUAUCUUAAUGGCAAACCAAUGCUUUUUUCAUGUACUUUCAAUACUCAUCUAUUCGAUGUGUUGGCUACCAGGGAUGGGAUCAAACUAUUAUGGACAAGCUAUGAAUAUGGGUCAAGGUUUGCAACAGCAAGGAAUGCAGCUCAUGAAUCAGGGACAGCAACUACAACAGCAACUGGCAGGCAAGUUUUUCUUUAACAAUUAAACGCCAAAUGCGAGAAUGUGAUCAGCACAUGCUCACAAGUCUAUUUGAAAAGCGUUAUUAUAGCUUGACGUCAGCACGUUGAUUUUUACUGCCUGACAUGAAUUACGCUGGGGAGGAGGAACAGCUUGUUUUCAACAACUACAGCUCAUGAACCAUCGUUUCCUAUAAAAGAUUUUACCUGAAAUUCUUUUUAAGAUCCUCACUACUGACCUAACAGAUGAAUUCAGGGCCACAACUUUUUUAAUCCGUGGUCAUGACGUGCUACCCUGUUUAAGUAGAGUCAUUAUCCUUCUUCUUAUGAUAAUUAUUACUAUUGUUAUGACUAUUUUUAUUAAUGAUCCAAGAUUCCGUGAAGAAUUAGCAUUGAACUGUCUGUUGAUUGAUCAGGAAGACAAGGAUUACACUCAGUUCUCAGCGUAAAUGUACGAUCAAUUUUUCGCUAUCCUUUCAUGAUUUGGUUGAUUUUUAAAGGCAUGGGAUCCAAUUAUUAUGGACAAGCCAUGGGUAUGGGCCAGGGACUCUAUGGACAGGGUAUGAAUAUGGGCCAGGGAUUUCAACAGCAAGGGCAGCAACUCAUGAAUCAAGGAAAACAAAUGGCAGGCCAGCCACCAAGCCCCUCUCAGCAGUGGCAGCACCUCAUGAAACAGGGCCAGCAGUUACAGAGUCAGGGAGAUGCCCUUAAAAGACAAGGCCAACAGGCGGCUGGGGGAGGUUCGAAAUAGAACCUACAUAGAUACCAAACCUCUGUAAUGAAGACAGUUAUGGAGAGGAAAGCAGUGGGUUUGAUUUACCCGAUGACUCACUAGGACAUUUGUUUCGCAGUCCUAUAAAUCUGUCGGGUGUAUCAAGAGAGAAUUUACGUCUUAAGGAUAUUACAGCGAAUGUGAAUCGGACUCGAAGUCAAAAAAGUUUCAUGUUUUCCCAUAGAAAUUGCAACGUUAUUUCGCAUUUGUUGCUCGUAAGAAUCUCGGCUUACGCCCCACUGAUGUUUUUGUUAACAUCGAAAUAUGCACCAAUGACUCUUAAUCAAUUGUAAAAAGCACGAAUUCAUUGAUUUAGGGACAUGACAAGCUUAGAGGAAUUAUAGACGUCACCCUUAGAGUAACGACCAUGUUUAGCAUCUAUAACUAAGAAGAAGUCAGGAAAGAAAUGCUUAUUGUUAUUGUCAGUGACUACAAACCUCCCAAUUCCCUAAAGUAGCAUGUUAAAGUGGUACUUCGAGUCAAUGAGACGUCGAUAACAAUACGUAAAUGUUCCACUUUUGCAGACCUGAAAUUACAUGUACACGAACAGAGAUAAUAUACAAACAAUUUCAAAUACUAUUCUGCUAAACAUUCGAACUACAUAGUUUUUUUUUCAUUCUUGACUAAUAUAUCCAGUACACCCUAACAUCAGUAUUAAUAUUCUCCUUACUGUUCUCUAUACAUUUCCUACCAGCCAAGAAAUUCUCCAAUUUGUGAUGAUUUUCUUUAUCCUUGUGAUCUUAAUGUGCGAUCCAGGGGUGAUAUUGUAAGGAGAAAUUAGAUGCUAGUCACUCUCAGGGGCCAGAGGUCAAUCAGAUUUUAAAAUUCUGCAACUUCUUCCCAGGAUUCCAUCAUUAAAUUCUUAUGGCCUAAGCUAUUUCUUGUUCAGAUAUGGAAGACAACUUUCCUGUUACUACGUUAUUUCUUUCCUUAAAACCCUGUUUUUUUCUUGAGAGGCAGAUUAUUCCCAAACAGAAUGAGUGCCUCUGGGCAGUUCCUAUCUGGGCAUUUUUUUAGGUUGCAAAGAAAUGCAGGUAUUUUGUGUUAGCAUUUAGCCUCCGAAAAUUCUCCUAAUGAGGCCCUUUUCACCAUUAUGAUAUGUUUGAUUUGAAGCCAGCCGCAAAAUAUGUUUGGGAAAUUGUAUUAGCUCCCUUCCCACUCUCCCUUAAGGAAAAACCUAGUUAUUUGCUUAGAAACUUGACAGUUACUACAUUCGUUUCUUUUAUUUUUCUUGUAAAAACCCUUAUAACAUGCUCAAAACAAUUAAGUCUGAGUUUUACUGAAGUUGAAGUAUGAAUGAAUAGCCAUACUCCAGAGAGAGAUGUAGUAAAAUACUUUAAAACUAUG